AUGCUAGUUCAUUAGCACACAAGCAAUAAGAAUUUGAAAUAACUAUAUGAGCAGGGUUAUCACAUAACAAAUCAAGCGAACGAUUAGUAUAAUUCUGCAUUGAUGGCAAAUGGUCGCUUUAUGAUAACUAAAUCUAUUGGGAAAGGCUCGUUUGGUGAAAUAUUCCAAGGAAUUGAUACUUAAUCUAACCAAGAAGUUGCUAUAAAGAUGGAACACAAGCAUUGUAAAGUGAAAGUCUUAGCUGGCGAAGCGAAAAUUCUUAAGCAGCUGCAAGGAUUAGAGGGGUUUCCAAAGCUUUAUUGGUUUGGGCAGGAACACAAUCAAAACAUAUUAGUAAUGGAAUUGCUUGGUCCCAGUUUAUCUACACUCUUCAAAAAUAACGGAUCAAAAUUUUCUUUGCAAACAGUGUUGAAACUAACUGAUUAGAUUGUAUAUUGCAUAUCUCAUUUAUUUUUUAAGUUACAUCGAAUUGAGCUGAUGCACAACGCAGGUUAUAUUCAUAGAGAUAUUAAACCAAGUAAUUUUGUCAUGGGAGUCCCAGGAACAAAGAAUCAAAAUAAUCUGUACAUUAUUGACUUUGGAUUGUCAAAGCCUUACAAAGACAUAAAGAGAGGUAUUCAUUUCCCCUAGCUACCUCCAGGGCCACUUAGCAGAAGAGAUGACCUUGAAUCGAUUGCUUACAUGGUUAUUUAGUUUUUAAGAGGAAAUUUACCUUGGUAAGGAGCUGCUGGUGCUAAUAAGCUUGAGAAAUAUUAAAACAUCCUUGAAAUUAAGAUGUUGACAAUUGAUGAAAUUUUGUGCAAAGAACUACCUGAGUAAUUCUGCCGCUUUUUGAAAUAUGUCAAGGAUCUAGAGUAUGAUGAGAAACCUGAUUACAAAAGACUGCGUUUGGAGUUUAAAGUAUUGCUAAUGGAUACCUUCAAUCAGAAUGAUUCAUUCUAAUAUGAUUGGCAACUAAAGAAACAAAAAUCUUAAACAACUAAGAAACCUAUGAUUACUGUGGCUCCAUUACAAGCUGAUGAGUAGAUUUUACAAAAGAUAAAAGAGGAUGAAAAAUAAAAACAUUUGAAUUAGACAUAUCAAGACCAGUUGAAGCUUCCAAAUAAUCACUAAAAUAUGAAUGAAUAGCCAGAAGAAUCAUCUGUGAAAUAAUCCAAACUACAAGAGAGUGAGGAAGAUGUUAAAAUACCUUUGCUAUUUCAUAACUACGAAGGGUUUCCAAUUUAAGAGGAGGUUUAAUCAAUUAAUAUAAUAAACUAAGAUAUGGUGCUUGAUACAGAAAAUGAUUCUUUUUACAUAUAGAAAUAGGUGGCAGAAGAUACACAUGCUCAUCAUGCAUUUAGCUUAUAAGCAAACAUUUCCUCAUUUGCAUUUUAUCCAAAUUAAAAGGCGAAGAGCAGAGUUUUCCAUUUGACUUUGAAAUAAGAAUAGGCUAGGCUAAAUAGAUUAAAACAGCUUUAUGGAUAAUACAAAGGUCUCUGUCCUAAUUUUUUAUUUUCGAAGGAAAAAAAGGAUUCGAACAGCCUUUGUUCAAUGGAACCAAUUAUGAUAGAGAAAGAUAAUUAAGGACAUGUCCAAAUACUAGAACAAGUAAGUAAAAAUCCUUCAUCAAUUGAACACCGAGUGUUAAAAUGA